AUGGUUAAAACAUAUAAAAAAGACCAUAAGCGUAAAUUUAUAGCCUUGAUCAAGAAACGUAAAGCAUAUCGUCGACAAUUGCACAAAGAACUUUAUAAUACUGUACAAGAUAAGGAAAAUGAUGAUCAAGGUAAUCUUGAUCGUCAAAGUAUGCUGGUUACAGAAUGUUUAAAACAACGUAAUUAUUAUAAUCAUCUUGGUAAUAAUGAAAAUCAACAAAUUAAUCAAACAAAUUCUGUAACUAAUCUUAAUUCAUUUUUUCAAUAUAAAAAUCAAUUAACUAAUCAAACAGUUGCUGCAACUGAUCCUAAGGGUGAAGAAUAA